ACAAUGUGUUUGUUCCCCGGAGUUGAAGACACACAACUUGUGUUCUUUGUCAUCUUGAAAACAUCUAUUAUCAUCUUGAAAAUAUCCACUCACCAUUUUUCUCCCUCUCUGCCCUCUUUUUUCCCGCUCUGCCCACCUCCCUCUCUUGGCUACCUUUCCUGUAUCUAGAAAUACCGGGUCGACAUGCCUGGCUCUAGCAGUGCCUUCAUCCCUACGAUAAACGCCAUCACGACCAGCCAGGACCUGCAGUGGAUGGUGCAGCCCACAGUGAUCACCUCUAUGUCCAACCCGUAUUCACGCUCCCACCCUUAUGGCCACCACCUCUCCAACGGCCCCGGGCUCCUGGGACACACCACCCUGGCCCGUCCGGGUGUCAUCCGCUCCAUUGGGGACACCCGCGGACGCCGCAGGAGAGAUGAGCAGCUUACCCCUGAAGAAGAGGAGAAGAGGAGGGUGAGACGCGAGAGGAACAAGUUGGCUGCCGCCAAGUGCCGCAACCGCAGACGGGAACUCACUGAGACGCUCCAAGGA